AUGACAUUUUCAAAGCAUAUUCGUUGGACAAUCGUUGAAAAACAUUUGGAGGGCGUAACAGUUCGGGCAAUUGCCAGACAUCUAGCACUUUCAGGAAGACUAUGGUUAUUAAAUUUGGAUGAUAUAAAGCAUUUUAAAACUUUAUUGAAUGAAAAACCUGAUUGGUAUUUAUAUGAAUUACAAUCAGAGAUAGAGUUUUGGUUAGGAUAUAAAAUUAGUUUAUCAACAAUUUGGAGA